GCGCUCUCCCAGCAUCCUCCGGGCCUAGCCGUUUGCCACGUAACAAGCUGCUGCCGCUCUGUGCGCCCGUCACAGGGACCGGGGAUCACCGGCUGAGGGGGCUGCAUUAUGGGGGGCUCGCAGAGCGUGGAGAUCCCGGGAGGAGGCACAGAGGGCUAUCAUGUCCUGCGGGUACAAGAAAAUUCCCCCGGACACAGAGCGGGGCUGGAACCGUUCUUUGAUUUUAUUGUUUCUAUUAAUAGUCUCCGAUUGAAUAAGGACAAUGACACACUCAAGGAUCUGCUAAAAGCCAGUGUCGAGAAGCCUGUGAAGAUGGUGGUGUACAGCAGCAAGACACUGGAACUGAGGGAGACGACGGUAACACCCAGCAAUAUGUGGGGAGGACAAGGUUUGCUGGGAGUCAGUAUACGAUUCUGCAGCUUUGAUGGAGCUAAUGAGAAUGUAUGGCACGUGCUGGAGGUAGAGCCGAACUCGCCUGCAGCUUUAGCUGGUCUGAGACCGCACACAGACUACAUCAUUGGAGCAGACACUGUAAUGAAUGAGUCAGAAGAUCUGUUCUCCCUCAUUGAGACACAUGAAGGAAAGCCUUUAAAACUGUACGUUUACAACACUGACACAGACAACUGUAGAGAGGUGGUCAUCACGCCAAACUCUGCCUGGGGAGGAGAGGGCAGCUUAGGAUGUGGUAUUGGUUACGGCUACCUCCAUCGGAUACCUACACGCCCAUUCGAAGAAGGGAAGAAUAUCUCUCUGCCUGGACAACGUCCAGGGGCACCAGCAAGUCCUCUGAAAGAUGGCUUUACAGAGGUCCAGUUGUCAUCUGUAAAUUCCCUGCCUUCAUUACCUGUCAUAACCCCAGGAAUUGAAGCAAGUCUGGCCGGGCUAUCACUCAACUCCAGUUCCCCUGCAGUCACUGGUGCCCUUAACUCAGGUUUACAAACGGUACCUGUAUUAACGCCACAGAUUAACCAUUCCCUCGCCCCUGUUCCCUUAAACCCAGCAGUUUCGCUACCAGGUUUCAUGCCCUUAUCCACUGGACUGCCUACAUUACAGAACAUACCCAAUCUUAACUUGCCUGCUCCCCAUUUAAUUCCCAGACCUGGCUUCCCCGACCUGACGCACAAUGUGUCAAGCUUGCCGCCUAUUGGUCCAUUGCCACCACUGAACUUGCCAGGACUACCUCCCCUUUCGGUAACUCCUCAGUUUUCCACGUUUCCCCUGGCACCUAUUGCAGCUGACCUAGUUCCGUCACUGCUGGACCACAGUCCUGCACCCCCCAUGGAUAACGGGACAUCACCGGCCGAAGACCUAAGCAGCGCAGACUUUCCUGCCACAGCGAAAGUUACAGUCAGCAACGCAGGGGCAGUGGUCUCUGAAUCCUCGUAACAGGGAACAGGCUGGCUUGGUGUAUUUAUUUAGCCACAGAAUGUUUAAAAAUACCGAACACUAGUUUCAUACUAGUAUGUACUUAUGUAGGAGAACUGUAAAUAAAGAGAAGUCUAGUUAUGAAGAAAUAAGGUCAUUGAAGGUGGAAAUUACAGAUGAGGGGAAAUGCCAAACUCCUAUGUGGAUGUAAAUUAUUUUAGCAUAUAAGAAUUUCCAGCCAAAAUGUCUUUAAUAAAAACAGUUAUAGCACGUGCACUCUUAAUGUGUGUGUGGUUCUGUCUCCUCCUGAUCUCUCAUCCACUCCAGUGCUUGCCGAGCCUCUUUAUAAUUGCUGUACGUCAGUAACGUUUGAACAGCUUCUUUGUUCUUGAACAUUUCUGUAAAUGGCAUUCAGUGCGAAAGAUCUGAAAAGAAAAUGUUAUUGGUUUAAGUAAAAGGACUUAAUAUCUGCAUUUUACAUACAGCAAUAAAUUACUGGAAUUUUA